AUGUCUGAGCUGCGCUACACCGCCAACACAUCCCUCGAGCAGCUCCACUCGCGCUACGUUGGCACCGGACAUGCGGACAUGACCAAGUUCGAGUGGGUCACCCACAUGCACCGCGACACUUUGUCGUCGAUUGUCGGCCACCCGCCCCUGCUGGCGUACCUCUCCAUUGCGGACGGCGAGUGCCAGGCGCGCGAGCGGUAUGAGGUUAUCGAGCGCAUGUUGCAGCCCUGCGGUGUGCCGCCUGGCAAGACGGAUGACUAG